UUAAACCACCGUUAGAAAAAACAAUAAUUUAUAGAUAAACUGAGAGAAUGAACCUUCCACUACGUCAAAAUGAACUGUUUUUCGACGUCGCGGCGAUUUUUUUCUUCCGUAAUUAAACCGAAAGUAUGCAUAGUAGGUGCUGGACCGGCAGGCUUCUAUGCUGCCCAAUAUUUAGUUAAAAAAUUGAACGACGUCCAAAUUGAUAUUUACGAGAAGUUGCCCGUGCCGUUUGGGCUGGUGCGUUUCGGGGUGGCCCCUGAUCAUCCAGAGGUAAAAAACGUCAUCAACACCUUCACAAAAACAGCUGAGAGUAAGCAAGUUAACUUUAUUGGAAACGUGGGCGUUGGACAGGAUAUAACUGUAAAACAAUUAAGGGAUGCCUAUCAUGUGGUUCUAUUGACAUAUGGAGCUGAAGAAAGCAGAACACUGAACAUCCCAGGGGAAAACUUAAAGAAUGUAAUUGCAGCCAGAAAUGUAGUGGGCUGGUACAAUGGGACACCAUGGGAUGCAAACUUGGACAUAGAUUUGUCUGGGGAAACAGCUGCCAUAUUUGGGCAAGGAAAUGUUGCCAUAGAUGUAGCCAGAAUUCUAUUGUCACCCAUUGAUGAAUUAGCAAAAACUGAUAUAACACAACAUGCCUUAGAAAAACUAUCCAAAUCCAACAUUAAAAAAAUCAAUUUGAUUGGCAGGAGAGGGCCAUUGCAGGCAGCUUUCACAAUUAAAGAAUUAAGAGAGGUUUUAAGACUAAAGAACUGCUCAACAGUGUGGAGGGACGCCGAUUUUAAAGGAGUCGAGGACGUGGUUCCAAAUUUAGCCAGACCAAAGAAGAGAAUCACUGAAUUAAUGCUUAGUUCAAUGAAGGAAUCUAAAGAGCAACUACCCAAGACCUUCAGUCCAAUAUUUUUUAGAUCUCCAUUGGAAGUCACUGGGGUGGACAAGGUUCAAGGGGCUGUUUUGGGUGUAACCAGAUUGGAAGGUGAAGAUAUACUAAAGCAAAGAGCAAUUUUAACUGACUCCACAGAGGAAAUAAAUUGCGAUUUAGUUGUAUCAAGUAUUGGAUACAAAUCUAAAUCUGUUGAUGAUUCAAUUCCCUUCGAUUUUAAAUCGGGAAUUGUAGUUAAUGAACAAGGAAGAAUUGACAAAGGUUUUUAUACAACUGGAUGGUUGGCAACAGGUCCAACUGGUGUAAUAUUAACAACUAUGAGCAAUGCCUUUGGAACAGCAGAUCUCAUUUUAAGGGACGUUGAGAAAGACAAUUUAAUAAGUGAAAACAAAUCAGGUUUUAAUGAAAUAGAAAAGACACUACAGUCAAAGAAUGUACAACUGGUUCAUUGGAAAGAUUGGAUGAAAAUAGAUGAAUAUGAACAAAAGAAUGGGGAGAAAUUGGGAAAACCCAGGGAAAAAAUCAUUGACAUUAAUGAGAUGUUAAAAAUAGCUGCUAGCUGAUAUUUAUAAUUUUUAUAUAAUAAAAAAAAAAAAUAUU